CGUAAAUGAUGCUGCGAAAGAUGAAGUGGCACAAUACACCCAGCUGUUGGUUCGGGACCUUGGGGAAGUGGUCAAGAACCUUGAUGUACUCCUCAGCGGAAAGGGUACAAAAGAAGAUGGCAUAAAGGCAAUGACUCACAUUGGUGGAAUGCUGGAACUUCUGAAAAUAGAUGCAGCAGAAGAAAAAUCCAUUGAACCAAUGCAGCUUCCUCCAGACUCAGACAAGGGAUGCAACGCUGCUGAUGUGGAGAAAGAAGAAGGAUGUGACGCCAAGUUUGGUUUGAUCAUGAGGUGUAUCAAGGAUGGCUUAGUGGCCGUCAUUAACCACUUGAAGAGUGAUGCCGAUCCUUUGGAAAAGGUUAAGUUUGCUAAAGCCGUAAUUAACCAGAUUGGUGCAGGGGCUGAGGAUAUCUUCAAGCUCGCAGAAGCAUGCUAUGGAGACAAAGAUAAGAACCCCUAUCAGCACUGGGUAGAUACAUGGACUGCUUCAGAAGAGGAUGUAAAGAAUGCCCCGGCUGAAGAAAUUGAGCGCUACACUCGGCUUCUUUUAAAGGACCUUGGAGAAGUGGUGAAGACAUUAGACGUACUCCUAACUGGAGAGGGAACCAAAGAAGAUGGGAUUCGUGCCAUGCAUCACAUUGGUGGCAUGAUGCAUCUCUUGCAGUUAGAUGCAGCUUCUGAAAAAUCUAUUGACCCAAUGGAGCUCCCAGCGGAUUCCGACAAGGGAUGCACUGCCGCUGACGUUGAGAAACAGGACGGAUGUGACGCCAAGUUUGGUUUGGUCCUGAGGUGUAUCAGGGGAGGUGUGGUGGCUGUCAUGGACGGUCUCAAAAGCGACAAAGACGCUGUUACAAAGAUUAGUUUCGCUAAAGCCAUCAUCAACAAAAUUGGAGAAGGUGGUGAAGGCGUCUUCAAGAUGGCCGAAGCAUGUUACGGAAAUCAAAAUAACUACGAUCAUUGGGUUGAUACAUGGAAAGCUUCAGCUGAAGACGUGGCCCAGGCCUCCGAUGAAGACGUAAAGAGAUACACUGGUCUCCUGCUCCGUGACCUUCAGGAUGUGGUGGAUAACCUUAAUGUGGUACUUAGCGGAAAGGGUACGAAGGAGGAUGGGAUCAGAGCCAUGCAACACAUCGCAGGAAUGAUGGAAUUAUUGAGGAUAGAUGCUGAGGAAGGAAAGCAGUCAAUUCCUCCUAUGGUUCUCCCAGAGGGUUCAGACAAAGGAUGCACAGCCGCUGACGUAGAGAAACAGGAAAGUUGUGAUGCUAAGUUUGGAGUGAUUUUAAGCUGUGUUAAAGGAGGUGUUGUGGCGGUCAUGGAAAACCUGAAGAGUGACGCAGACGUUGUAAAGAAGAUCGGUUUCGCCAAAGCAGUGAUAAACAGUAUUGGCGCCAAGGGCAAAGACAUCUUUUACCUGGCACAUCAAUGCUAUGGAGAGACAGAAGAGGCUGACAAAUACCAGCAUUGGGUUGAUACUUGGAAGGCCACAGAGGAAGAAAUUAAGAAUGCACCUGCAGAAGAAGUGAAGAAAUACACAGGCCUCCUGCUCAAGGAUCUAAGAAUGGUUGUUGGAAACAUAGAUAGUUUACUAAGUGGCAAGGGAGGUGAAGCAGAAGGUUUAGAAGCCAUGAAACACAUUGGUGGAAUGAUGGAACUCCUGCGCCUUCACUCUGAAGAAGGAGAGAAGUCUAUUCAACCCAUGGAACUGCCCAAGGACUCUGACAAAGGAUGUACUGCAGCUGAUGUUGAAGCAAAGGAAAGCUGUGAUGCUAAGUUUGGUUUGAUUCUUGGGUGCGUGAAGAAAGGACUCGUGUCUGUGAUAAAUGUGCUAGAGAGCAAUACAGACACUGUGAACAAAGUCAAAUUUGCCAAGGCAGUCAUCCACAGUAUUGGCGCUAAAGCAGAGGGAAUUUUCCAACUGGCAGAAUACUGCUACGGUGGAAAGAAAGAGGAAGCGGAACAGGCUAGAAAGAAGAAGAUGCUCGACGAAAAGAGGGCCAAAAAGGAGAGACUUGAACGCUUGUUAUUAGAAUAUCUCAAUAGGAAAUAAACUGUGCAUUUACUAGGAAAGGAACAAACAGGAAGAGUGUUAAAGCAUACAACGAAACCCAGAUUCGCCCAAAGACGAUUAUUUUUUUUAUAAGUUUAAUUUUUUUAAUUCUUUAUCAAUAAAGAUUAUUUACGCAAUGUU